AUGGGACAUACCAACGUCAACAAUCCCAUCACUAUCGAUGAAAGCGUGACGAAUUGGUACACACAAACCAUUUCCAGGCAGGCACGUUCUCUCAUACCCGAUGAUUUUGAGAAACUCCCGGCUUUCGAGACCGUCAAGUUCAGUCAUCGCAAAAGCUUUGGUCCAAUAGUCGACACCCAUUGGCCACAGGACGCGUCCGAGAUGGUACUUACUCUGGGCACCUUCGACGCCCCGUCUCUGGACUUCAAGCCUCUGGUCUAUAUCUACGUACAUGGAUUGAAGACCCAUUAUAUUGGGUACUUUUAUGUCAAUCCAGACUCGAGCAUCUAUCGCGUGCAACAGAACAGUCUCCAGCAUGUCGAUAUCGAUGAACCGUUUUGUGACGUCGGAGACCUCUCAGUUGGCAAGCAAACUUUGUGCAACAGAGUACGAGCGAUGGCGCUUUACUACUUCUUAGCUGCUGGUUACAUCGACGAGGUAGGUGACUACAAUCACUUCUGGCUCGACUUUAAACAGGCUUGCGCAUGGAUCGCAAACAAGGGCAGCCGUCCAAAGCCUCACGCAAAAGUCCAGAAACAGGAACCGGAAACCGUACCAGCUUCCGCUGCGACACUAGUGCCGAUUCCAGAUAGAACUGACUUAACGCACGGCACUGUCGCAUCUCAGAAACGCACCGGCGAUGAUGAACCCAUGCCAGCAGCAGCGAGAAUUAAGCGUCGCGACUACAGUCAUAUCAUACACCCAUCACACAGCACCUUACGGCGAUCAUUAAGCCCAGAUCAUCCUAUCAUGGCAAUCAGUGCAGAAGCCAGGCUAGCAAACAGUGAAAGAACAAAUGCCCAGUUGAGAGCGGAGAUCGAUAUGGAAGCCCGGUCUCCUGAGCAUUUCAGAACACUGGUCGCAGUAAACCGCCAGCUCUCAGCGCAAGUCAACGGCCUCACAGCGGAGAUAAGCCGAGUCAAAAACGAAAGCAUGUUCAGUCAAAAUGCGUACCGCGGCAUCCAAGUUCAACACGAUGAGCUGGCAGAACUACACGCUAAUACGCUCAACAACGAGAACGCUCUUCGCGAUCAGCUCGGUCAAUCUCAGGCACGCUGCGCACAAGCUGAGAGGCGAUCAAAGGUGCUGGAGAAGGAAGUGGAGGGUCUCAAGCAAAGGAUGAGAAGAGCGGGAGAAGCGUUGGACAUUUCGGCUUUUUGA